AUGAAUCUCUUUCGAGAGAUUCAGCAUAAAGGUUUAACACUUGAUACUGUUGUUUAUAUCACUGUUUUGCAGGGGUUUUUUAGUGUAGGAAGGUAUCCUAGUGCAAGAGAAGUUUUUGAUGAGUUGCAAGCUUCUGGCAUAAAGCUUGAUUUUCACACUUACUGCGCGAUGUUGGAUGAGUUAUGCAAGACUAGACAUGUCGGUAAAGCAUUGCAGUUAUUUCAUUCAAUGGAAGCUAACGGAAUAGAUCAUCAUAUUGGCAUGUACAAUAUCAUCGUCGAUGGCUUGUGCAAAAGUGGGAGGCUAGAUGGUGCUCGCAAUCUUUUUGGCAAUCUUUAUAUGAAAGGAUUUGAUCGUAAUGUCACAACAUACACCACAAUGGUUGCUAGCUUGCUUUCAGAAGGCUUGCUCACCGAAGCUAAAGAGUUUUUUGAGAAAAUGGAAGAAAAUGGUUGCCGGACAGAUAGUGUUACAUACAAUGUUAUUCUGCAAGAACUCCUUAAAGGAGGCCAUUAUGAUGAUGCAAUAGUCUAUCAUAAAGAAAUGUUCACAGAGAUUGAUCUCGAUAGUAAGAAGUUUAUGGACGGGGGAUAA